UAGUCCUUGAUUGGCUUUCUGAUCGACGAGUCGACAACUUUUGAGAUUAUCAUCGUGUUCUUUUUUUUUUUUUUGGCCCGAUAAAAUUGGGUUCACGUGUUUAAGGAUCAGCAAAACGUUUCCCACAGUGGCAAGACAGCAGUUUUGGACGGAGAAAGAAGACGCCACACAGAGAGAGAGAACGUUAUACGAAGGAGAUCGAUGAUGACGUCAAAGAGGCCCCCUCGUCACAUGACUUUUAACUAGAGGGAGCCGUGAUACAAAAGGAGGAGUCGUCUCGCGUUUGAAGUUUUCUCCCAUAGUGGGGGGGCGUGACGUUAGCACGUGAAGCCACCUCCUACUCUCCUUCACAUCCACCUUACAGCGAACAUUUAGGACAGAAAAGAAAAAGCGCGGGGUGGAAAGUGCCGGGCAAAUCAAAUUGGAACACACGAGAUUUGUUUUUUCUUUUUUUUUUCUGAACAACCGGCGGGCCAGAAAAAUCUCAUUUCCUCCGGACAAGAAGACAAACAUCUGAAAAAAGGGGGGAGUGAAAGUCUUGAUAGAUUCGAAAGAAGACCCGAGAAAAAAGAGAGAAAAAAAAAAAUACGAAAAGAGAUCAACCCUCUAAACCUAAACAACCGAUGGGCAAGAAGACCCGCACGAGGCGCACCAAAUGGAGGCGGCUCUCGCUAGGCGAUGCGUCAGGUCCUGAGGAGGAAGACGACGAGACUCAGCCACAACAACUGGAAGAACAACAGCAAGAAGAGGUGAGACAGAACGUAGUGCUGCACUCUGACGAGAAAGAGGACUCCGUUUGCGUUGAACACGACAAGAAAUCAAAGUUUGCCGUCGUCGUGACGACCACAGUGAACAACAACAACAACAACAACAACAACAACUGCACAACGACAGCAUCUGCGGAAGGCAAGAGCGAAGCAGCAUCGGGUGGACACGAAGAGGACGACACGAAAUCAGCCAUGAUGGUCUCCAAUCACAACAAUCAACGCGGCCCGGCGUGGAAACUGCCGGCCAACAGUACUCAACCCGUCAAGAACGCUAGCGGCUAUUACAAUGUUAAUAACGGCUAUCAGUCCGGCAGCGGGCGGCCAACUGGCGGCGCUGCCGCCGCCUCCACGGCCAACGGCUUCCGACGCGGAGCCAACGGCCCGCGUUACAACUCGUCGUUCAACGGCAACUACAACGGCUACGGACGGGCCAAUGCGUGGAACAACGCGUCCUCCAACGGCUACGCUAAUGGAGAUCACCAUCAUCAUCACAACGGAGGCGGCCCUGGAUUGAGCAAGAUGCACGGCAUCGAGAAAAAGAUCUUUAAUGACGAGGAGUACACGAAGAUUUCUACGCCACGUCAAGAGGUGCUCUUCAAGAAGGGAUCGAUCGGCGCUAAGAAGAAGACGAGCGCAGCGCCAGUAGGUUCCGGCGCGCACACGGACAGCGGCAGCGAGCAGGACAGCGUCAACGGCAACGCCACAUCGCCCAUCUUGCCCGCACAAGGCGAUUCAGCUGAUUCGUUUCAAUACACGGGCAAUGACAGUGGAUCGACUGGCGAUGCGUCUUCCACAGCGGGCGAAUCAGCCGCACCUUGCGAUGCGGCCAUGGCUGCAGCCGCCGCAUCCGGAGCGGCGCUUCAAGCCGGCUACGCUGACAGCGCACCACUCGUCUGCUUCCCAAUGUACGAUUUCUAUGGUGGAUACGGCGGCAUGUACCCUGGCAGUAUGUUGGUGCAGACUUAUCCUGGUGGGCCGAUCGUGGCGGCCGUGCCCGUCCCUAUGCCCGUCCAAGCGAUCGAUUGGUACGGAGGGGCUGGCGGUGCGAGGGCCGCUUCCAACGGGGACGCCACUACCAACGGCGGCGAAGUGGGCUACUACUAUGCUCUCGGCUAUCCGGCCGGAAGCGAAGUCGGAGGAUCCAGCCAACUUCCAGAAACGAGUUCCAGCACCCGCAGGAAUUCACUCGAAUCUUAUCAAGCGAGCAGCCAGGAGGUGAUGACGAGCAGUGAGACGGGAUCUUCAUCUGAGAACAGCAGCCCGUGCCAGAGUACGGGACCGUCUUCGCAGGGACCCGCCUCUCCGCAGGGCGAGCUCGUCUCACCCGCCAUCGACCCCAAGGCGCAAACGGGCGGAGGGGCGGCCACGGCGGCCGCCGCCGCUGCCGUUGUCAUGGACAUGACGAUGAUGUCGAAUCAUCAACAACUCGACAAUAAUUUCCAUCAUCAUCAUCGCAAAAUGACUGUCGCCGGAUUCGUUUAUCCGUACGCCGCUUACGGUCUCGCCCCACCUGCCCUCUACGCUUCCGGCGGCGGCAGCUCGGAACAACUUUGCGAUGCGACUAAGCAACAGCUCUACUAUUACUACCCCGACGUCUACUACCCCAAUGCGUACGAGCAAUAUGACGUGGAACAAGGCGGCGAAGAGGAAGUGGACGCGUUGGAAGAAGCCAUGGAUGUGAAUGCCGACGUUGUUGUAAUGACAUCCGUUGAAGAGGAGAAGGUGACCGAGUCCGUUGAAGUGGAUGGCGUUAAGCCGGACGAGAGGAGCGAGCAGCUGGAAGGCAGCGAAUCGAACAAGAAGAGAGUGCUGGAACCGAAAGAAACACGAGACGUGGCCCCAGCGACGGCUGUUGCGAAUGGAAACGCUGGAACGGGACGGCGUAAGAAGAGGCGCAAGAAGCGGAACAAGACCCAGACGGCAAUGGCAGACGCGCUGGAACGUACGGAAUCGCUAAAACUACCCAGGCCCAUUCAGCCAUUAGUCAGGGUUACUGAUGACGGAGCGGCCGAAGACGAGGAAGAGGAUGAAGUUGCGACGGCUGAAGAGGAAACGCUGGCGACGGCUGUGAAAGAAGAGAAAGACGCAAAACAGGAGGAAAUGACUCUUCCGGCCGCCUCAAGUAUUUUAGUUUUAGUUGCCAACGAUCCAGCCGCCCCGACAGCCGAUUCGUCGCCUCAUGAUCUUUUGCUCGUUGAAGAGGCCGUUUAUCCGCCCCACUCUAGUCGAGUCGAACCACCAACCCCACUGUCAUCAUCCCCAUCCCCGCACUCGGUCGAUUCCGGACAACAGCCGCAAUCCACUCCCGACUUAUCCACUUCCAGCGCGCCUUCCGACGGCCAACCCGUGCCCGGCAUCAUAACCAGCACCACGGAUGACGCUCAUUUCCCGCUUCUCACCGCUGGCCAAGAAGAGCCAUCCAGCCUAGAACAUUGUCCUUCUUUUGUAGCCGAUCCUGCGGAGAUGCUCGAGUCCCCCGCUUUUUGUUCGACGCCAUCUUUCCCUUUGUUUUCAACGUCAGCAACGUCCAGCCAAGUCGUCCCGCCGGAAGAGAAAGAAGAAUCGAACCCAACCGAUGCGGCCGUUUUGUUUGCUGUCCAACUCUUGUCGCAACUCUUGCCCGCAUCGGACGGCAUCGACUGCGUUCGAGUCCCAUCGACGUCUACCAGCAGGACGGAUUCUUUCGAGCGGGACAGUUUGACGGGCGCCAGCGAGAAAGUUGAAGAGCCUAUCGAUCGCGAUUCGUUGGACGGCGAUGAACAACAACAACAGCUGUGCGAUGAUUUCGUUUACCUCCACAUGGACGAAGAGGACAAGAACGAAGCGGUCGAUGUCUACUUCGAAGACGACGAGCCGGAAGGGAUGGUUUUGUGCUCGAAUGACGAUCCCCGGCCAUCGCUGACGCUCUGCCUGGACCAACCGCAGCUCUGGAGGACAGUCAUCUUGGAAGAAAGCGAACCGAAUUCGAAAGAGAUGAGCCCGCUUUUGUGCUCGGACUCGGGCAUCGGCGCUGGAACACCUUCGCAAUCGCCUACACCGAACGCGGCUGAAUCGCCCAACGAAGAAGAGCCGCCGCCUGGGCCGAUCACGAAAGCCGUCAGCCGAUGGCUCGAAUCGGCCCCCAUCGAACAGCAAUUGAUUGGCUCGUCGAAAUCGAUCAUCUUCUUGGACAAUGACGAAGAAGACUCUGACGACGAAGACAUGUACUUCCACCAUCAAGAGGUCGAAGAAGAAGAAUCAAACAAUGUGACUGCUCCAAAAAACGGGCUGGCGACCCUUCGUACUGCACCAUCCAGUGACGGCACGGCAUUGCGAAGGGUCGGUUCCGAUUCCGCUUUGACCUCCGACUCGUCCGACGAUCUUCUACAAGAAAAUGGCGCUUUGAUCGAGACUUGCGAUCCGGCCAAGUUUUCCGUCUACUAUCAAUUGGGCGUGUCUGUCGAUCAGGACGUGGUUGUUGGCGAUCCGCUGGCCAUUAAAUCCACAACGCUGGACGAUUGUUCGACGCAGCAGAGCAGCAGCUCGUUACCGACGACCGGCUCCUCUUUGAAGAGUCGCAAGAAGAAGACGUCAGCGCAAUUGGACGACGGCAAGAAGAAGAAGAAGAAACGAGCCAAUUCGUGGCGUCACGUUUUGCUGCGAGCCGCGCAUCAUAAAUCGAAGAGCGGCGACGAUGCGGCCUCGAUAUCAUCGACCACUAAUAAUAGACGGCUCAAAUCCGGUAGUCAAUCGUGCUGUGCGCUUCAGUGAAAAAAAAAAAAAGAAAAUCGAAACCAACUUUUGAACGAAACAGAACCUUCCCUUUUUUUUUUUUUUUUUUUGUUUUUGUUUGUUUUUUCAUUAUUUUGCAUUUUGUUUUUGGUUGAUUUUCAUCAUCGACUAGAUCGCAGUGAAAGUGUGCGCGCGAUUGGAGCAUCUAAAAGUGUGCGCAGCUACAAACAAAAACAAAUGAUGGGCGGAAGUGACGCAAGUGCGAUGGGCUGCUUCCAGGUUUUGUUUCGUGGCGUUUCAUAGCUGGGAUUUAUCAAAGAAAAGACAAAGGAUAAUUUUUUUUUUUUUUUGUUUUUUGUUUUUUUUUGUUGUUGAUUGAUUGAUUGAGUUUGAAGAAAUGGGGGGGGGGAAGGAAAGAAACAAAAAGAGAGAAUGGAAACAUGAAAAAUGAUCGUUUGUGAUACGCCGUUUCUUCAUCAAAUUUAAGUGCAGAAUUAAGCAUUGUGCUCCAUUAAUUACUAAUUUUUUUUUUGUUUUCCUUGUCAUUUUGCCCGGCCCCUCUUACGAGAUAUGUUACCAUCUCUCGCAUGUUUCUUCUUCAUUUUUGUUUUGAUUUUUUAAAAAAACUUAAUUUGAUCCGCUGUUUUGUUUUGUUGCAAUAGCGGGGAACAGAUUAUCCAUCCGUACGGCUAUUUUUCAACACACACUUUUCAGAAUUAGAUUAUAAUUCUUUUUCUUCUUCUUCUUUAUUUGGGGUAAAUUUGGAAAAAAAAAACAAAACAACAAAACAAAAUCUGUCAUAUCUACAUUUUUUUUGUUUUUUUUUUUGUUUUGAUGUUUUGUUAUUUCUUUUCUUUUUUGGGUGAGCUUCAAAUAUUUACACACUAGGAAUGUAAUGUCAAAUGAAAAAAUUUAAAGAUUUCCAGUGUGAAUAUGAGAUAAACUCUUGGAAAAAAAAAAAAGAAAAGAAUUAAGUAAAAUGCCAUCUACCGACAAAACAAAUAACUGCCCUGUAAUUUCUCUCCGAAAACUAUAUGCUGCCCUGAAAUUUACGUGUUUCAAAUGUUUUCUUAUUUCACUGCCUAUAUAUAUAUAUAUAUAUUUGGAUUUGCUGGGUUCCCGUCCCCCCCCCUCCCCCCCCCCGCCCGUCUUUCCUAUAAGACUACACCCCCAUGUUUUGUUGGCUCGACGAUUUGUACCGAAAUAUCCCCGAAUCAUAAUCAAUUUUUUUUUCUCUGGAUAGGUGACAACUGCAAAGGAAAGAAUGCAACAAACUAACAGAAGCUUCUUUUAAAAACAAAACUUACGAGAGCCCUGUGCCUUACGCAAAAAGAAGAAAAAGACAUCCAUUUUUUCGUGUGUCUUUAGGGUAAUCAAAGACUACGAAUAUCGAUUUAGAUAGAAACAAAAAAAAAAAACAAAAAACAAAGGAAGGUGACCGGAGAGGCUAAAUGAAUUAUCGCAGCGAACACAAACAAGAAAUUUGUUGUUGAAAAAAAAAAAAAAAAGGCACACACCCACCAACACACACAUACACGUCAUUAA